UUAGAAGAUUAAAAACAAAAAAACGUAAAACCUAACCAAUAUCCAGAUUAAACAGAUUUAUUGUCUUUUUUAUUAAAAAUAACGAAACUAAUAAUCACAUCCCGCGCAAGGCGCGGGUUAUUAUCUAGUCUUACAUCUAUUCUAUUAGCAUGACAAACUCAUACUUGUAUUGAUAUUAGAAGAAAAGAAGAAAAACUUACCAAAUGUGGAUGCUGAUGAGAUGACAAAGCAAAUGAAGAAGAUAUUAGGUUUUGGUGAAAAUGAACCGGUUUAUGUACUUAUAAUUAAAAUAAAUUCAAGAGUUAUAACGUUUUGGAUUGACAGACAAAACUCGUAUGUUUUAUUUUCUUAAAGAGUUCAAAAUUGUUUUUUGUCCAAUAGUGGUUACUAAAAGUAGUAUAUUACUUUGUUUUAAAGUUGUUUAGAUAAAAAUAAUAAAAAAGAACAACAUAUGUGGUUUUCAUAGAUCGAUUCAAUAAAAAUAGAAUAAAUAGCUAGUAGUUACACCAAAAUAAAUAUAGUUGAACUUAAAACAUAAAGUAAAGUCGAUGUUCCAAAACCACAUAUAUGCUAUGUGUUUUCUAAACGAAUAUAGUUGCGUUUGCGGGUAGUAGCGGUUAAACCAAUCAUACCCUAAAUGGUACGAAAGUUUUCAAUAUACUUUGAAUGUAUCGAAUCAUACUAUUGAGACCACCAUACUUGCGGAAUACUAUAUAUGCUAUGUGUUUUCUAAAAGAAAACUACUCCAUAUGCGAUGUUGGCAGCGUGAGAACUAAUAACGUGUAGAUAUAAAAGUAGUUGACGAAUGAUACAAGUUUGUGGAAGUGAAUUAAUUGAUCGGAUGAAAAAGUCAUGGACUAUAGAACACAACAUUUUGCUUGCCAGCUAGGUUCGUCAUAAUAGUUUAAUUUCGAAUUUUCUUGCAAAGUAACUUAUGAUGUAUAUAUAUAUAUAUAUAUAUGUAUGAAAGUUAGGACAAAAACUAACAACAAGAAGAAAAAAAAAAGAAAGAAAGAAAGUGGUGGGGAGAGAUGAAAGGGGUACAUAACAUUUACCACCAUUCUUACACCUUCUCGUUCUUGUUAGUCUUCCUUGCCUUGAUUCUAUUUCAUCCUGCCCUUUCGACCUAUGUCAACACUAUGUCGUCUUCAGAGUCUCUCACAAUCUCAAGCAACAGAACACUUGUAUCUCCCGGUGGAGUCUUCGAGCUUGGUUUCUUCAAACCCUCGGGACGCUCGCGAUGGUAUCUCGGAAUAUGGUAUAAGAAAGUCUCCCAGAAAACCUACGCAUGGGUUGCCAACAGAGACAACCCUCUCUCCAAUUCCAUUGGAACCCUCAAAAUCUCUGGCAACAAUCUUGUCCUGCUAGGUCAGUCUAAUAACACUGUUUGGUCGACAAAUCUUACUAGAGAAAAUGUGAGAUCUCCAGUGAUAGCAGAGCUUCUUCCCAACGGUAAUUUUGUAAUGAGAUACUCCAACAACAAAGACUCAAGUGGAUUCUUGUGGCAGAGUUUCGAUUUUCCGACAGAUACUUUACUUCCGGAGAUGAAACUAGGUUACGAUUUCAAAACAGGGCGCAACAGGUUCCUUACAUCAUGGAGAUCCUAUGAUGAUCCGUCAAGCGGGAAAUUCACUUACGAACUCGACAUUCAAACGGGAUUGCCUGAGUUUAUUCUUAUAAAUCGAUUUUUGAAUCAACGUGUUGUAAUGCAAAGGAGCGGUCCGUGGAAUGGAAUCGAGUUUAGUGGCAUACCGGAGGUGCAAGGAUUAAAUUACAUGGUUUACAAUUAUACGGAGAACAGUGAGGAGAUCGCUUACUCGUUCCAAAUGACCAACCAAAGCAUCUAUUCCAGAUUGACAGUCAGUGACUAUACACUCAAUCGAUUCACGCGGAUCCCGCCGUCAUGGGGAUGGAGCCUGUUCUGGAGUUUACCAACGGACGUGUGCGAUUCUCUUUACUUCUGUGGAUCUUAUUCUUACUGUGACCUAAACACGUCACCUUACUGUAACUGUAUUAGAGGGUUCGUUCCCAAGAACCGGCAGCGGUGGGACUUGAGAGACGGAUCACAUGGGUGUGUGAGGACGACGCAGAUGAGCUGUAGUGGAGAUGGGUUUUUGCGGCUAAACAAUAUGAAUUUGCCGGAUACUAAGACGGCGUCUGUGGAUCGGACAAUUGAUGUGAAAAAAUGUGAAGAGAAGUGUCUUAGCGAUUGUAACUGUACGUCGUUUGCGACUGCGGAUGUUCGAAACGGCGGAUUGGGUUGUGUGUUUUGGACCGGAGAUCUCGUUGAGAUCCGGAAACAAGCCGUCGUUGGUCAAGAUCUUUACGUCAGAUUGAAUGCUGCUGAUCUAGAUUUUUCCUCGGGUGAGAAGAGAGACCGAACUGGAACAAUCAUAGGUUGGAGUAUUGGAGUCAGCGUUAUGCUUAUUCUGAGUGUUAUCGUCUUCUGCUUUUGGAGGAGAAGACAGAAGCAAGCAAAAGCAGAUGCAACACCUAUUGUGGGAAAUCAAGUUCUAAUGAACGAGGUGGUGUUACCAAGAAAGAAGAUACAUUUUUCUGGUGAGGACGAAGUAGAAAAUUUGGAACUUUCAUUGAUGGAGUUUGAAGCUGUUGUCACAGCCACCGAACAUUUCUCUGAUUUUAACAAGGUCGGAAAAGGUGGUUUUGGUGUUGUUUACAAGGGAAGGUUAGUUGACGGGCAAGAAAUUGCAGUUAAGAGACUAUCAGAAAUGUCAGCUCAAGGUACCGAUGAGUUCAUGAACGAAGUCAGGCUAAUUGCAAAGCUUCAGCACAAUAAUCUUGUCCGACUUCUUGGCUGUUGUGUUUAUGAGGGCGAGAAGAUCUUAAUUUACGAGUACUUGGAGAAUCUAAGCCUCGACUCUCAUCUCUUUGAUGAAACCAGGAGCUGUAUGUUAAAUUGGCAAAUGAGAUUUGAUAUUAUCAAUGGUAUUGCCCGAGGGCUUCUGUAUCUUCACCAAGAUUCACGGUUUAGAAUCAUCCAUAGGGAUUUGAAAGCAAGCAAUGUCUUGCUUGAUAAAGAUAUGACUCCAAAAAUUUCAGACUUCGGAAUGGCAAGGAUCUUUGGACAAGAUGAGACGGAAGCUGACACGAGGAAGGUGGUCGGAACUUAUGGCUACAUGUCUCCAGAAUAUGCGAUGAACGGGACAUUCUCGAUGAAGUCAGAUGUGUUCAGUUUUGGGGUCUUGCUUCUUGAAAUUAUAAGUGGCAAGAGGAACAAAGGCUUCUGCGACUCGGAUAGUAAUCUUAAUCUUCUCGGAUGUGUGUGGAGAAAUUGGAAAGAAGGUCAAGGUCUAGAGAUAGUAGACAGGGUCAUCAUAGAUUCUUCAUCACCAACGUUCAGGCCACGUGAAAUCUUAAGAUGCUUACAAAUUGGCCUCUUGUGUGUUCAAGAACGUGUAGAGGAUAGACCAAUGAUGUCGUCAGUAGUUUUGAUGCUCGGAAGUGAAACUGCAUUGAUUCCUCAACCUAAACAACCAGGUUAUUGCGUCAGCCAAAGUUCUCUGGAAACUUAUUCUAGUUGGAGUAAACUGCGUGACGAUGAAAAUUGGACAGUGAACCAAAUCACCAUGUCGAUCAUUGACGCUCGGUAAUAUGAUAGUCUUUGAUAAUAUUCUCAUUAUUAAAGUUUUACUAAAUGGAAAAAAUGAGUUUAAAAAAUGAGUGACAAUGCGUGCGAAACUCCUCAGUCUCUAUCGAAAUUUUCAUUUAUCCUCUGAUAUUCUCUCGAUCUGGUUUCUUUAUUUCGAGUCAACUCACAGUCAGCAACUGCAGCAACCAUCUCAACACGUCAACACCGGCAAUUCAAAGACAACCACAUUACAUAUUUUUUACUCUGUUUUUGUAAGCUACAUGUUAAUUGUGUGUAUUUUACGCGUAAAAACAGUCAGGAUACACCUAUUUUAUGUUGAGUUAUGUUCAUAUCUUUCACUAUUACAUAUCUUGCAUUAUUUCAGGACACACCUUAUUCGUGUAAACAUUUGGGACAAAUAUACACAUAUCCUGGUUUAAACCCACAUUUACUUGUCUAAUUUUAGUAUAAAAUUGUUCAAAAAAAAUUAUAAUUAGUGAAAUAAUCAUAACAAUAGAGAGGCUAGAAUAUAGUGUAUUUAUAUAAUAUUUAUUAAUUACUUUGUAUGCCCUUCGCAAUUUGAACCACAUUUUUUUUUUUUUGGUUUUAUAUGUUGUUUUAAAUUGUUUACCCCUUUAUCAUUUGUCUAUCUUUAAUCCCUUUAAUAAUUUGUUUACAAAAAACAAUGAUGAUGAAAAAAAAUUCUGCAUUUUUGUAAAAACAAUGAUGCUGUAAUAUAUCAAAACUUGUUUUGUUUAAAAUGGAUAUAUAUUUCUAAAAAUUAUAUAAUCUGUUUUAAAAUAAAAAUAUUAUAUUUUAUAUCUAUUAUAUAGAAUAAAAUAUUUUCAAUAGAUUAUGUAAUAUAAAAAAACUUUGUGGUUUAUACUAACUUAACUAUUUAUAUAUAAUAGUUUAAUUUUACUAAGAACGUGUAUAAUAUACAUUUACUAUAGAUUUUUUUCAUAAUUUUUCAUUUCUUGUUUUGUUCUUCCAAACAACUAUCAUGUAAUUGGAUAUAGUAUAUUGUAUAAAAUAUAAAAUAUAUAUUUUAGUGGCACAAUAUAUCACAUUACAAUAUUUUCUCUUCUUACUCUUCAUCUUCUCCUCUCUUUUCUUUAUUCUCCUUUUUUAGUUUUUCUUCCUACCUUAUUUUCAUCCGUCUUGUCCUCCUCACCCAUCUCUUCUUUUUCCUUCUUUAUCUUGUCUUUGUUCUUUUUCAUUGCUCAUCUUUCUUUCUUGUUUCUCUUUUUUUUUUCUGCUAAUCUUCUACCUCUGUUUUAAGAGCACAAUAUAAUAUGUAACAAUAUGUUCAUUUCAUUUUCAUUUUUAUUAACUUUUUCCCUAAUUUCUCUUUCGCCAUUUGUUUUUCUUCCCCUCUUACUCUUCUUUCUCGUCUUGUUCUUCCUCACCUUUUUUUCUUCACCUCACUACAUUUUUCCUUCUGAUUUCUCCUUCUUCUCACUCCUCACUCUUCACUCCUCUUCCUCCACCUACUCCAACUUUCUCACUUUUUCUACCAUGUGUUCUACAUUUUCCUAUUUCUCUUCAUUCUGCACUCUUCACUCUCCUUUUUAACUCCUCUUUUUUCUUCCUCCUUCUAUACUUCUCCCUCUUGCUCCUCCCUAUUCACUCCUCAUUUCUCUCUUUCCAUUUCCUUGUACUAUUAUUAUUGUUAUAUUACUAAGGAAAUCAAAUUCUUAAUUUUUAGUUACAUUUCUGUUUAAAAAAUCUAUUUUAUAUUUGAUAUUAUAGAUAAAAGAGUAUUCUGUUUUUGUGUGUGUUGAAUAUACAUAUGCGCUGUAAAAAUUGCAAUGUCCAGUUGUAUUGUAAAUUGACACAUAUUUUAAGAGAUGGUUAUUUUGUAGAUUAUUAUCGUAUAAUGGUUAUAUAACAAGUUAACCCUAUGUUAAUUGUCACUCUUUUUCACGUGAACAUUUAGAACACACCUUAUUUGUGUAUAUCUUUGUGACUGAUAGACUCACAUGUAGUCUAUAACGUGUCAAGUAACAACAAAUGUAUACAUGUAUAAGGUGUGUUUCUGAAUGUUUACGUGUAAAGAAAGCCACUUAUAAUAUAUAUGAGCAUAAAUAUAUAUUUUACCAAAACACACAUAUAUAUUAAAUAUAUUUUACUAUACCAAUUUAUAAUUAUUCAUCUUCUUUAAAUAUUAAAAUAAAUUGCAUUUUAAAUCAUGAAGUUGGCAAAAAAAUAGCAUUUUAAAUCUUUGAGUUCAAGUAUUAACAUUUUAAACAAUAAAAACAGAUUCAGUAACGUAUUAAACAUUGAAACUAACUUACUUGUUUAACAUGUUAAAAUUAUGAUAGGUAGUGUUUAUUAACAUGUAAAAAUAAGUGAUAUGACGGUUUUUCAAAAAAAAAAAUUAAUAAAAAAAUUAAUAAAAAUUAAAAAUUAAAUAAAACUACAAAAUAAAUUGUAGACAUCGAUAAAAAUUUGAAAUUCGCACAAAUUCACAAAAU